AUGUUUCUGCGUGCGAGCACGACUCUGGCAACGGUCUGCGUCGUCUGCUUUUUUCAGCAGGUCGUGGCAGACGACAAGCAGACGUCAGCGGUGCGUCUGUCAAACGACAGUUUAGCGAUUCCGGAGUCUGUGUCUGUGUCGCCGUCUAAGUUGGACACUCUUCAGAAGUCUGUGCUCCCGGAGCCCGACAAGGCUGUUGAGUACCCAGAUGAUGAAGCAGACGAAGAUGAGUCAGCUGGUGUCAGCAACGAAACUGAGGUGUCCAAGCCGGCGGUGCGGAGGGGCUACGCCAGGCUGGCCUUCAACAACUGCGGCGAGGACACGGACCCGCUGUUCGUCACGGGCUUCGACCUGGAGCCGAACCCCGUGCAGAUCCCGGGGCCGCUGUCCGUGGGCAUUCGCUUCAAGCUCAACGAAAACCUCACGUCACCCAUUUCGGUCCGGCUCGAGAUGCAGAAGAAGCUGACGUUCCUGUUCGGCCUGUCCACCUGGUUGACCAUACCUUGCCUUCCCAACGGAGUGGGCUCGUGCACGUACGACGACAUCUGCGACAUCGGGCUCUUUGCCAAGGGAGAGUGUCUGGACAUAGUCACCGGCAAGGAGGUCCCCUGCAAGUGUCCAUAUCACGAGGGCGAAUGGCGGUUGAAGCCGUCGACGUUCAAAGUGCCCGAGCUGCCGCCCGAUCUGCCGUCCUACCUCCUGGACGGGGACUUCUUUGUCAAGGCCACAGUGCAUCGGGGAUCGGAACAGAUCGGCUGCUACUCCACCGACGUCGAACUGAACCUUUAGAAGGUUAAACACUCGCGUCCUUAGUGCCGGACUGUGCCAGCGUUCACCGCACAUCCGUUCCAAUCCAAAGCCAAGACCGCGGACCAGAGAGCAAGCCAUUGUUCCGAUGGCUGUCGACAAGUCUGCGAGGCGUCUCUUCGACGCGGCCAUCGCACCCGUGUACUUGUCCCCCAGGCCGCUGAGCCUGAUUUGAGCAUUCAGCACAGGUGUUUAAGUGGUGUCUAGC